AUGGGCUGUGGAUCUUCGAAAUCUGAUACUCAAAAAGUCAUUUCAUCCAACAAACAUUCAAGCUGCUCAGCGCGUCAUGAAACCCACAAUCAGACAGAUCAAUCUGUUUCUCAUGCUCCAAAUAAUCCACUGUCAGAUUCCGUACAAACAUCACCCAAUGAAACAACAACUGAUCAUCGCGCACUACAAAUCGAUGCUGGUAUUUCGAAUAAUCAUACAGUAUUAAUUGAUAAUAAUCGAAAUAAGCAACGAAUUGGUUCGGCAACAUCCAACAAAAGCACAUUGUCUUCUUUUAAUGAAAAUAAUCAAAAUGAUAUAUCAGAUGCACUAGAAAUUGAAACGUUAAUCAAUUCACUUCCUACUACUGUUAAUGAUCAUGUUGAAAUUGUUAAUGCUGAUCUUGAGUGUUUUAAUAACUUAUUUGUAAAACAACGUCAAGAUACUAUUGAUAAUUCUUCUUAUCGAAAAACGAUUGAAUCUUGGCAACCAAAAUCUCUUCAAGGAUUAGUUGAACUUAUUCGGGUCCUAUCAAAAAAUAAAUUAAUGAUUGAUCGUCAUUGGAUAGUUUUUUAUUGGAUUGCUUGUAAUAUCGAAUAUGAUGCUGUUUCAUUCUUUAAUCAUAAUAUUCCUGAGCAAUCAGCAGAAUCAGUUUUUCGUACAAAAAAGUGUGUAUGUGCUGGUUAUAGUCGUUUAUAUAAAUAUUUAUGUGAUCAAUUAGCGUUGAAAUGUGAAGAAAUAAGUGGAUAUUCAAAAGGUUAUGGAUUUGAUACUCGUGAAGAAACUGCAAUUUUAAAGACGGAUCAUGCGUGGAAUGUUGUUGAAAUUAAUCAACAUUGGUAUGUAUUGGAUGCUACAUGGGGUACUGGACAUUUAAAUGAGCAAAAUAUUUUUGAACGAAAAUUAGAAACUUUCUAUUUUCUCACUCGGUCUGAUCAAAUGAUCUAUGAUCAUCUACCUGAAGAUGAGAAAUGGCAAUUGUUGAAGCAACCGAUCAAAAUGACACAAUAUAUGCAAAUGCCAACUGUUCGUCCAGCUUAUUUUACAUUUAAUUUAGAAUUACUAAAUCCACGUCAUCAAGCUCAUGCUACACUUGUUCAUGGUAAAUCGUACGCAUUAAUACUUAUACGAGCACCAUCUAAUAUCGAUAUUUCAUCUACCUUUAAAUUAGAUAAAAACGAAGUCGAUGGUGGUUCCCGUAUUAUAUUGGAUAAAAAUAAACAACUAUACUGUUGUUACUUUUCUCCAGCUAGUAUUGGUAGACAUCAAAUAAAUAUUUUUGCGAAAAGAAUCGAAUCAAAUAUGAAGUCAAGCGGACAAGUACUCAAUUUUAUCUUAAAUGUUGUUGAAUUACCUUUAAAUCGCGUGAGUUAUCCAAAAAUGUCGAAAGAGUUUUACGAUUUAGAUAUAAAGAUUAUUUCGCCACUUAAUACCCAUUUGAUCAAAAUAUCUAAUGGAGCUACUUAUGCGUGCAUUAUUAUUCAAACGCCUAGUGAUGUUGAGUUAACUGGUAAUCUGAGUAACUGUGAUAGUGAAAGAGUUAUUAAUGGAAGCCAAGUUUAUUACGAUCAACGAAAAGGUGUAUGGAAAUGCAAAUUCGCGCCUAAUCGAAAUGGCUCAUAUGUGGCAAACAUUUAUGGAAAGAAAAAAGUGAAUACUGGUAAUUAUUCGCAUUUGGUAUCAUUCAAAAUUGAUGCAUUGCAAACUCCAGCUAUACCAUUAUCCUUUCCACGAACUUGGCAAUCAUUUCAUGAUCUUAAUUUAGAAAUAGAAGUACCAAAGAAUUCUUCAACUAUAACUUGGCUGAAAGACAUUUCAUACGUGGAAAGUUUAAUAAGAGCACCAAAUGAUGUCCAACUUUCAGGUGUAAUUGAUUAUAAUGAUCUUACAGUAGAAAAUGGAUCCUUAGUUCAAUUUGAUAGUGAUAGAAGAUUAUGGCAAUUAUUAUUUGCACCUCAAUGCAUUGGUCAACAUAAAAUAACUGUAUUUGCAAAACAUCAUGAAGAAUCAAAGUCAAAAUGUGCUCUUCAAUUUGACCUUAAUGUCACACACCUCAAACUACCCAUAAAAUUUCCUACUACAUACGAAACUUUUGAAAAUCGAAAAGGUCGAAUUUAUGAACCGUUAAAUGGAAUUCUUAAAGCAGGUACAACAAUAUCAAUUCAUUGCUUAAUCCCAGGUGCCAGUGAUGUUAAUUUGACCACUGACUCGAUAUGGGCAAACAAAGAAGGAUAUGAGGAUCCAGUUUUCAAGAGAACAAUAACUGUUGGAUCCAAAAAACUAACUAUUUACGCUAAAUAUGGAGAAGAAUCUAGUUACCAAUCGUUUAUCACAUAUCUUGUUCAAUAA